CUCUGAUCACUAUAGUAACCACUUCAAAAAUUCCUUACUGAUGUAUUGACUGCAUUCAUGGCGAAAGGCAUUCAACUGUAAAGUGUUGGUGCAAGGCUAUGGCAAAAUUCGACAUUAAAUCAGUCGCUCUUCAGUGGUAUUUCUUCACGACGGCUAGUGUCUCGGUUUAUGAAGAAUUUUCUCAUGUAUUCAUGAAACAGUUUGGAUUAAAUUCACAGCAAAUCGGGAUUACAAAUCUUUGUGGCGUUCAGCAUAUAUUUAUACCACUAUUGUUGUAUGUGGGGGACAGAUAUCGCGUGAGGAAUCUAGUUAUUUGGAUCGUGUCGCUACUUUUGGCUAUAAGUUCUCUACUUCUACUUUUGCCUAUUGUUGUGUCGCUACCUACGUGCUUUGGAACGACGUCUGGAUCAGAUAAUUCAUGUAAGACUAUAUAAGUGUGCGACAAUGUCUGUUGAUUCAAACGAUUCGGUGCAUUCCCCGGAAUCAUGUGUAUUAGCGUACUUUAAUUGGUGUGUCAAAAUGCGCUGACUUUUUUCUAGGUGGUUUGUUGGGGUCAGUCCCUUUUUAUGUUCAUCCAUUCCAAUAUGAACCUAAGUUAUGUCGAGCCAUUGCAAGUGAAUUUAACAAAGUGGCGUAAACACUUGAAAUUGACAAAAUGGAGUUUGGUAUAUUUCAACUGUCAAUUCGACAUCGAACUUUGAAAGGUUCAAAACCUAUCUGUCUCAUGUUUGCUCACUCCAUAAUUUUGUCUACGCAAAGGUUUUCAUCAUAACUUCAUAACAAAUUAAUUAUAACUUAGGUUUUGGAAAUCAUUGCUUUUUUAUCAGGAAGCAGUGCGCGCUAACACUCGCUUACAACAUUUCGACGGCCAUUAAUUUUUGAACACCAAAUUAAACUGCAGAGUACAAAAUAAAAUAACACCCGAAAUAAAGUUUUUCGUUAUUUAAAUCUUAUCUUUAAGUUUCUUAUAAUAUCUAAAAGUAACAAAAACAUAUAAAUUGUACACAAGUAAUAUUUUGUAAAGCAAUAGUUUGAGCUUACCUUCUGAUGAGUCAUAUACUCGUCGCCACGGGCCGAGUAAAUACUUGCAAAAGGUCUAUGCGACCGUCCUGAGUGACUAAAUAUCGGUCUGCUACAAGAAGACUAAUAACUGUUGUUGCGCGGUCGGGCUUGAACAACCCAAUCGGUUUCAAAUGAGAGAUCAUCCUUGUGUUACCCUGUUAAUUAAUUUGAAUAUUUGUACUUGCUCUGAUCGUUAUAGUAUAACCACUUCAAAAAUUCCUUAUGUGCAUUCAUGGCGAAAGGCAUUCAACUGUAAAGUGUUGGUGCAAGGCUAUGGCAAAAUUCGACAUUAAAUCAGUCGCUCUUAAGUGGUAUUUCUUCACGACGGCUAGUGUCUCGGUUUCUGAAGAAUUUUCUCAUGUAUUCAUGAAACAAUUUGGAUUAGAUUCACAGCAAAUCGGGAUUACAAAUCUUUGUGGCAUUCAGGAUAUAUUUAUACCGCUAUUGUUAUAUGUGGACGACAGAUGUCGCGUGAGGAAUCUAGUUAUUUGGAUCGUGUCGCUACUUUGGCUAUAAGUUCUCUACUUCUACUUCUGCCUAUUGUUGUGUCGCUACCUACGUGCUUUGGAACGACAGUCAUCUAGAUCAAAUAAUUCAUGUAAGACUAUAUAUUAAAGUGUGCGAUAUGCAUGAUGUCUGUUGAUUGAAACGAUUCGGUGCAUUCCCCCGGAAUGUGUAUUAGCGUACUACUCGACUAAUUGAGCAUGUACAUUGCCAGCUUGUUUAAUUACGUGUGAUAUUUUUCAGCGCCAGUCACAAUGGAUACCGUCGCGCAGAAAGAAUGCCGCCCCCCGGACAUUAUUUGCUUGAGGAUUCUUGUUUCUUCCCAUGAUUUAUAUAGAAUAGGCGUUAUCCUCGAGACUCGCGCGGGGAGUUGUCAUCUCAAAUUCAUGUAUAAUUAAUGAGCGGUAAACAAACAAGCUGCUCCAUUUAGUGUUCGGAGUACUCCGGAUUUUUAGAACACAAAUGGAAUGGAACAGAGGAGAGUCGCAUGGCUGUUCUGAACUGUUCUGACUACCCCAAUUUACGAAUAGGGGCAGCCAGAACAGACACGUGACACUGCCUAUUUUCACGUGAUUGGAAAUGGAGGCGACAUAUUUUGUGUAUCCAAUGCACACUGUAUAGAGCGUUAUUUUGAAGGGUUAACCGCUAUAUUUCGACAUAUACUUAUUAUAUGUUAUUUGAACGUCAGGGUUGAGCAAAAUCAACGAGUAAAAACGUUGCAAAAGCAUACGUACAUGUACAAAUAACAGCGAAUCAUUUUACGCUUUAUUACGCGAAUAACUAAUUAAUGUGGUAAUGCAUGGUUGCACGCAUAUAUAAUAAAGUCAACACUGUACUGUUCCAGAACACCGUGUGCACUCCAUAUUCGAUCUUUCCAAAACAGUGUUCCAAAUGUUCUAGAACAGUAAAUGGGGUAGCCUGAAAGGGAAUCACAACUGUGACGGCAGCUGAAUAUGUGAUCUCAUUUAGCAUAGAAUUUCCUAUACAUGCAGGGUGUCCCGAAAAAAGGAUACUUUUUGAAAUUUUCCUAUUGUAAUAGUUUGAGUGCCUGAGCGUUAUGCCAAACCCAUGGAAGCGUAAAAUACAGGGUUUUUAUGUUUAUGUUUUAUUAAAAUUAUUUAAACACGGUAGCCAUUCAGCAUUCGCUGGUUUUCAAUGGACCGUGGACACAAUAAAAAUUUACAAUAAUAAUUAUGAAGCCUAACUACUCAUCGGCUUCACACUGUCAUUAAUACAACAAGGUAUACUAAUUAUCUUUGCUAGUACAAUAAUACUUAAUUAAUUAUUAUUAUUACAGCCUAUAAAGUUGUUACCAUAGUGAUUGAUGAGCAAUAUCUUUAAUACGUUCGCUGUUUUAUUACCGAUGUUUUGCGUUAAAGUUAAGGGAAGGUUGUUCCACAAUUUUGCCGCUCUAUAGGAAAAGCUUUUUUUGAGAAAAUUUGUGCUAGGUGUAUUGAAAAACGAGACCUUGCUGAAUAUGAAAUAACUCUAUUCUUGUUAAGUACACGAUUUUCUACUCCUGAAAUUUAAAAGAGCUUCUAUAUUAUUGUAAAAGGAGAGUGACUCCACAAAAAUGGUCAAAUUGCUAAUCGGUCACACCAUUUGCUCGAGCAAAAAUGGUUCAACUGACCACAGAGCAAAGAGUUUUUAUUGUGUUAAAUUAUACGCUCAAAAUACAUAUUAAGUCAACGUACGUGCUCAAAAUUCGAUUGAAUUGUGGGUUCAGCAUACAGGGUGAGUAAAAAAACUGAUAUACCUUUGAUAUUCAGAUUAGCAGCAUAGGUGUCAGGUUUUUUUUACUCACCCUGUAGUAAUUAGGCUUUCAAAGCCCAACAAAGGCUUGAUUUGAAAAUGUAUACUUUUUUCAGGACACCAUGUGCAGGGUGUAUAAAAAAAACGCAACCUCGGAAUUUCCUAAGAAAUCCACUUUGCAAUUGGCUUGUAAGAAUAAAAGAGUAUAGGCCCCUGGGAAUUGAAAUCGAAUUGCUAAUAGAUCAUAUUAGCCUACAUCUGACAAGGCCCUUGAUAAUUUAACUGUUGUUGUACAGGGUGUAUCAAAAAAAGCGCAACCUCGGAAUUUCUCAAGACAUCGACAUUGUUUUAAAGACAAAAGAUUUUAGGCGCCUGGGAAUUUAAAAUAGCAUAACUGUCAAAAUUACUGCACACGCGAGUGCAUAAAGAAAAAUUUAUGCAUUUAUUUAAUGCACAACAACAGUAAUAUGAUCUAUUAGCAAUUCGAUUUCAAUUCCCAGGGGCCUAAAAUCUUUUAUGCUUAAGAAUUGCAAAGUGAUUUCUUAGGAAAUUCCGAGGUUGCGUUUUUUUUGAUACACCCUGUACUAUACUUGUAAAAUUAAAACUUAUGAAGUGUCAUCAAAUAAAUGCAUAAAUUUUGCUUUAUGCAAUCAAGUGUGCAGUAAUUUUGACAGUUAAAUUCUCAGGCACCUAAAAUCAUUUGUCCUUAAAACAAUGUCGAUUUCUUGGGAAACCCGUAUCAAAUCCAACUCUGCUUCGCUAAUUGCGCGGACUGGAUAUCCGGUAAAUUAAGUCCUCUUAGUUGGAUUUGAUAUAUUACUGUAAAAAUCUUGAAAUCUGCCGCGGAAAGAUUUUCUUCAGUUUUUAUCCACAGAGAAACGGCAGUUUUUUUCUCAAUUCAAAUUGUACAGGAUGUCCCCAAAAAAGUGACACUAAAGAAUUUGUCCUAUUGUUAUAAUUUGGAUGCCUGAGCACAAUGCUGAACACAUGCAAGAGUGCGUAAACACAAUUGAAUUGAAUUUUUAAUUAUAUGGCGCACGAAAUCCUGCGUCUUAACAACAAUAACAUAUUAACAUUAUUUCUAUAGUGUCACUUUUUUGGGAUGCCCUGUACAUAUGUCAUAUUAUGUUGCUUUUUUUUUCUGAAAUCAAACAGUACAUAUGUUGCUAAUCAAUUUUUAACUGAUCUUUUAGUGUGUUUUCACGAAUUUUACGUUCGGCAUUGCCUUUUGUUAUGCUCAAAAUUUUAGACAACAGUGUCGCGGAUUAAAAUUAUAUUUUAACAUUUUAUUAUUGAACUGUCACCGACACUUAUGUAAGUCUCCAACAAACUUAUUUAUUAUAUAUCAAUAGUCAUGCAAAGUCGCAUUUUUCUAGUGUUUUAUUGGUUGAGAGCAUAUCACGUGAGAGUGACGAAAUUAGGCUGUCUCCCUCGCAACAGCGCGAGAUGCACGUGAAGAUGCGACCUUUGGACAGGGCGCUAUAAAAUGUUUUAUAAUAUGUUUUAUAGCGCCCUGCUUUGGACAUGCCUAGUACGUAAUUAAAACUUUCGCUUUAUUAAGUAACUGCAGUGUAGCCAGUGUUUAAUAUGACGUUUUAACAAUAAAAUACUUCAUGUAUUUACGUUCAUUUGUUCUUUAAUUUGUUGUUUCUUUGACUAUUGAUAUAUAACAAGACGCCUGCUCAGGCGUUCACACUGACCUGAAAAUGACGACAUACGUGUUAUGAUGCAGUAUACAAGAAUCAAGUCGUAAACAGCAAGCAAAUUGCAUGGAUUUUUUAAAAAAAUAAAAGACCUUUUCGGGAGACCUAUGGUGCAAAUCUAUAACUAGGAGUAUUAUCGCAAGGAAAGUGCUGCCUUUUUGCCACAUGACUUGAAUGCAAAAGUUUGUAUUUCUAAACAAUUCUCUAAAGGGAAGUUUACUUUUGACCCAAUGGCAUCAUUUCCACGUUUCAUCAUUGGUAGAAUGGCAGGCCUGCACAUGAAGGUUAUAUCCCCUAUGUUUCGUGCAUAAAUUUGUUUCUCGUUCAUCAUUUAAGCAUUUUGCCAAGUGGAUAUUAAGGUCUACUAAUCUAUUAGCUGGCAACACACACUACUUUCAGUAAUAACUCUGACGAACGCCAGACAAAUUUACACCGUGUACCGCCAGACGAUUUUACUUGUCAGUGGUAGAGUACUGUCAGUAAAUAGUUUAACAAACACAUCUGUCAAUGUCUUUUAAACCAUUAGCUGGCAAUGCACCAUACUUUAGUAUUUACUCUCUAUCUACUUGUAAUAUUUACGACAUGAGCCGAAGGCGAGAGUUUGUAUAUCUGACACAACACGGGUACGGACGCGAAUGUUGUAAACAACUUAAAAAACGGCUCAUCUUAUGAGUUCAUUGGCGAAGUAAUUUUAAAAAUAAACGUUGUCUAACGUACUAGCCGAGAAAAUCAAAGUUAAAGUUUAUGUAAAUCAACAUGAAUCUGUAUCACAUAUACAGAUACGACACGCUUAUGAUUUUUCUUUGUGUUUUCUUCAUGAAUUAUUAAUUAGUUUUUUAAUAGUAUUUACUGUAUAGACAAUUGCACUGCCAGCAAAGUACUGCCUGUAUUAAAAUGGGCUAAUUUCGCGUCACGCCCCAAUUCAAAAUUUUACAUUUUUACGAUUUUUGUUGUUUCUAAUUAUAAAUAUCUCAGCGAGCAUCCCCCCUUCCCUUUGUAAUCCUGCGGGGGCGUCAAAUGCCGUCAAAACAUGACACAAACCAAAACAAUUUUUUAAAAUAUCGGGUUUUCGCACGCACACGCCACGUUGAUGCUUGACCACAUUUUAUAGCCCGAUCGAUAGUGUGAAACAGUGUAGAAAUAGUGUUUUGGAUUCUGGUUCCAAUAAUACUAUUACGAAAAAGAUGUGUCCAAAUGGCCGAAGUUUAUAUGUUCGGCGAAAUGUAUGGCUAGUUGGCAUUUACAUUGUUCCUUAUAUUAAUAAUAAUAAUUUAUUCAUAGCUUUCUUGUAUUGAAAUUCGCGUCGAACUAAUGUUAUUGUAUUAUAAAGCAAAUGAGAACCAUACAAUAAAUGUUUUAGUCCUUGUUGGUAUUUUGAACGCACCGCUUUAUCUUUACUGUAGCUAGCGCACAAAGCUCUUCUCGCGGAUUAUAUUUUGCGCAGUACUAAAAUUUGCGCACCCAGCGCUACACGAAUUAUAGUACUGCGCGAAUUUUAAUACAUGUACGUAAGAUAUAAUGUCGACAUUUGGCUAAAACUGUCGUAAGGAAUUAGGAGAUUUGUUCAAUUAAAACUACGCUGUGUAGUCAAAUUGUCAACCUUAACUUGUCCUUGUUCAUAUUUCAAUAUAUUGUAUAAAUUUGCUGGGUUCAAAUUUUGGUGUUUUCGAGUCGUUUAAUACAAAAAGAAAAACAUUAAUUCAACACGUAAGAAAGUCCAGAGUGCGACACAAAAAUGAACACAAGUACACAACGGAUGUUUAUGAGUCUACAACGUAUAUUUAUAGUUGUUUAUUAAAGUCAAACUGUGUUUAUUAAAGUCAAACUGUCAAAUCUUUAACUUGUCCUUGUUAAUUGUAUUCCACUAUAUUCUAUGUUAGGAUAGGGAGAUAGGGACUCAGGAGGUCUGAAACUGGUAAUUGCGCGUGCGUACAAGUGUAUGCGCUAAUAAAGAAAGAUGUAUCACAAGCAUGGCAUGACCCGGCUACUACGUACAUAGAUACGAGCUUGUUACGAUGAAAAGUAAAUCGAGCAGUCGAGGAAUCGAUGGCAUUUGAACCGAUGGCAUUUUGCUUAAUUGUUGCACCUUGAGCCUGCGAUGCGCUAAGGCAAACUCCAUUUCUCGACGAAAAAAACCCCAGAAAAAGGGGGAUUUAAGACACUUGACCUUUCAGGUCAGUGUAAUAAAACACUUAUUUACUGAGACCUCGGGAAAGCAGUGUGUUUUCUGGACCCUCUACCGUCGAUGUUUCCCUCGGCACUCGGGAAACAUCGACGGUCUCGGGUCCAUAAAACACACUGUUUCCCUCGGUCUCAGUAAAUAAGUGAUAAGUAUCAACCUUCUAUACAUUUUAUAUACUGGUAUUUUCUUCUCGCCCUUACUGGAUUUCCACCAGUUUGUCCUACGCUCCGCUUCACUAUAACAUGCACAAAUUAAAGAUUAUUUACCGCUCCUCAUGGAAUUAAAUUAAUUCCACUUUGGAAUUUAAGGUUCCCCAAGAAGGAUCUUUAAUUAACCAGACUAUAAGAAAAUACAAAAACAUGAAUAUAACUAUAAAUUUUGGAAAUGAAUUGUGUACAGACAGUACAGUAACUUUGUUUCUGGGGGUUUGGGUUUGACUUUUUAGUUAUUAUUAAUGCAAAAAUUAAUUUGAAACAUUUUAUAGUAAACUCCACCGAAUUCGUUGGAGUACAACGCCAAAAUGUUCCAUGGAUGAGCAGCUUGUUCCUUGUGAUGAUUGUAUCAAGGUCAUCAAUGACGUUUCUGGAGGGCGUGGCCUACUCACUGGCUAGUCUCGCGACGAUAACCUACCUCGAUAAUGAGAGAGUGAGAUAUGGGUCUUAUUACAUGUGGAGACAUGUUGGAACAUCCGUUUUAAUUGUCACUUCUGCUAUAAUUGCUUGGAGAGUAAGAAUAAAAAUAUGCGGCCUCGAUGGAUACGGCUACUUUGCAAGUUUUCUCAUAGCAUCAUUUUUCUUCUUCUUGUCGUUGCUGUCCCUCCCAUUUUUCAAAUUCAAAUACGAAACUGAUCGCACCAUUAAUUGGAUGGAAAUUAAAAGUGUUGUGCUUAAAGGUCACUAUAUUUACAUGUAUAUAUUGACAUUUCAUCUUGGAGCAUGUGUUGCGUUUCAGGUUUUCUGGGAAUUUUGGUAUUUGGACGGACUUCAGGCCAGUCCUUUAGUUAUGGGCGCGGCCGCAUUGAUUCGAAGACCACUUUUGGCGGUAUUUUUAUUCACCUCGUGUUACGUGAUAGAGAGAAUUGGUGAAUUAAACACUGUAUGUAUAUCGUUUCUACUAUUUACAGUGGCGUUCUUUGCUUUAUCCUUCACGCGAGUAUAUUGGUAUGUUCUCGCCGUUGAUACGCUUCAUAGUGCAGGUUAUGGACUGGCCAAAAGUGCAUUGACGGUGCAUUUCUCUAAAGCAGGAUCAAAAGCAAGUUCAGGUGUAAUACUUGGUAAGUUUUUCAGGAGUUUUUUUUAUUUAAGGUGGCUCGAUAUAUUAAUUCACGCAAAAUCCCUUGUACAAGCUAUCGCGAAAACAAAACGUUGGCUGUGCUAUAUGAACAAAUCCCCGUGACCAUUCGUGCCCGCGGGAAUAUGGGCGUCAAUCCUGAGCAUGAGACAAUAAUUCGUUUUGCUUGUUUUUGUUUUUUAUUAUUACACCUGUAAAAAGUAUUCAGAAGUUAUUUAGAA